AAGGCGUACUUUUUUUCGGAGCUUCUUGUCGAUCGGUAAAAGUCGGAAACGAACGGACGACCACGAAAAACCGAGGCCAAAGUUCUACCGGAGGAGAUGGAAAACGAAGAAACGAUAUUGGAAGUUGCUGCGCUGGAACGACGAAGAAAAAGAAGACAACACCCCAAGCUAUUUUUGCUUGUUGCGGUCGUGCCAGCAUCUCGAGACCGCAAUUGGUCUGGUAUAGGGUAAAUACCGAGUAAAGAAGUACCGAGAGUAAUUGCUGUCGCGGUGCUCGGUGAUCGGGAAAGACGAGAAAGCUGCGGCCAAGCGAAACCGUAUAAAACGUUCCGAACACGGCCAUCUCUCAUCAGUUCGACGAAUAUCUAAACUACCGACGACAACCAGCAAAUCGACGAUGAAUAAUUUGAGUGCAGCAUUGAUUCUGUUGUGCGGCGUGUACGGUGCUUUGGGGGGUCGUCGUUACCUAGCCAUACCCGUGGACGGGAUCGACGUGAUCGAGCUGAGCCCGAUCGCGCCGGCUGUGACCAGAUACACGCGACAAAUCGACGCUCACGUACCUGUAGCGGUUCCUAGCGUUCACCAAGACGAUCCGGAGAACCCACGCUCGGAGAGAUCGAUCUCACCGAUUCUGGAUUACGUGGAUUUCGGGGGCUACACGGCCGGCAACGGAGGUUUCAGCUGGUACGCCGAUUAUCCGGCACAUCACUGACCAUCAUUAGGGAAACAGUGGACAUCGCGAUCGAUCCAGAUCGAUCCUUCUGGAGGACUGUUCUAUGGCCAAUGAACAACGAACACUUGGAAUAAAUGGAAAUGUUGGUCGUGAGAGGGAUAAACAGCUGGGAAAUUUACAAAUUUAGCCAUGAAUUCCAAAACUGCGUAAGUUCGCUAAUUGACGCGAGAGAUGAUUUGUAUUUGAGGUUAGUUAAAUUUAUUUACCAAUCGAGACGAGAAAAUCAUCGAGGUGUUUCUCAGUGAUUAGAUUGCGGAUGUUAAUACAAUUUGUGUCGCUUUGGAAUUCGUGGCUACAAUAUACAGGGUGUCCCAAAAAUGUUGGAAGUCGUUGAAAGGGGUGGUUCGGGAGGUGAUUUGAAACAUCUUUUUCCUUAGCGGAAA